AAAUAUUAUAAAGAUAGCCAAAAGGACAAUGCAGUUAGGUUGUCAAACAAAAAUUUUGCAAUCAUUUUUGGUUAGUUAGGUAAGAGAAAAGUUGAAACAAAAUGGGAAACAAAGUAGCCGUAUUUACUGACCAACAAUUGGAAAAUUAUCAGGAUUGUACAUAUUUCGCUCGUCAGGAGAUACUUACUGUAUACAAACGAUUUCGAGAUAUAGAUCCAAAAAUUGUACCAAACGUUAUGACCAAAGAUGAACCACAUACUAUAUCGAUACCGAUGGAAAAAAUAAUCAAAAUGGCCGAAUUAAAAGAAAAUCCAUUCAAAGAAAGAAUAUGCAAAGUAUUUUCACAUGAUGGAACAGGAAAUUUAACAUUUGAUGAUUUUAUCGAUAUGCUUUCUGUGUUUAGCGAAAAUGCUAGCCGUGAUCAUAAAAUAUUUUUUGCAUUCAAAAUAUACGAUUUUAAUGGUGAUCAAUUGAUCAAUGGUGAUGAUGUUGAACAAGUUGUACAAGCAUUAACACGAAAUGAAUUAAGUCAAGAUGAAAUAGCCAUUGUAAGAGAAAAAGUAUUGGAAGAAGCUGAUAUCGAUGAUGAUAAAUGUAUUUCAUUUUCCGAAUUUCGACAUGUCAUUAGCAGAGCACCAGAAUUUCUCAAUACAUUUCAUAUGCGAAUCUAAAUUGUUCCAGAUCCAAAAAAAAAAAAGAAACAGAUAUUGUCAACUGACAACUGAUUUAUUCAAUCAUUUUUUUUAACAGUAAAAAUAGAUAUUCUAAUA